GGGGUCUGCCUUCCCUUCCUUGCAUCAAGUUGAACCUUUUUUCAGUUGCACACAUUUGUUGUCAUUGUCGGAGCUCUAGCCAGGCCUAUACUGAUCGCCAUGACGCUUGAUUUUACUUCCUCAAUGCUGUGGGCAUUAUAUGCUGCUCAGGCUAUGCUCCUCGCAAUUAUUUGCUAUCGGCGCUUCUUCCAUCCACUCCACUCAGUUCCCGGCCCGUUCCUUCCUGCAGUGACACGGCUAUACCUCUGGUAUCACAAUGUUAUUAAAGAUGGCAGCUACUAUAAGAAGAUUGACGAAAUGCAUGUCAAAUAUGGUCCCGUCGUCCGGAUCGCCCCGAAUGAGAUUCACCUAGCCGACCCGGAUAACUACGACAAAAUCUACAGCCUUAGCAGCAAGUUCUACAAAGAUCCGCUCUUUUACAAUGCACUCGGUGUCGAGGUCAUGUUCACUGCCAUUGCCAAUAACGAGCACCGCCAACGCCGUGCCCCAUUGGACCAUUUCUUCUCGCGCCGCGCCGUUUUAGGCCUGGAGGAUAUCGUCCAGGAAAAGGUGAAGAAGCUGUGCCGCCGUAUGCAUGGUUCGCUCGAUGCUAGUAAGCCAGUCGAUCUACGGGCAGGUACCCGUGCUGUUUCAAUCGAUGUUCUCUCCGAGUAUGCCUUCGACGACUGCUGGAAUCAUUUGGACGUCGAAGAUUUCGCAGCAUGGUUCUCGGAAGCCGUCCGCGGUACGGGCGUCAUGUGGUGGACUUUCCAGCAGUUCCCAGCUUUGCUGAGGCCCAUGCAGUCGAUUCCCGAGGACUACGCCAGAGAGAUGAGUCUUGCCAUGAAUGGAUGGAUGGACUGUGUGGUGAGAACGAGGGAGUACGUUAUGAGAGUGAACGAGCAAUUCAAGGCUGGCAUCAAGCCCAAGCGCCGAACCAUCUUCCACGAGCUCCUAGAUCCGUUGAGUACCAACGAAGAGACGUCCUGGCCUCCUAGCUUCGAGAGGUUGUAUGGUGAAGCUCUCAGCUUCUGCACCGCUGCUGCCGAUACCACGGGGAAUGCGAUGGAGAUGGCUGCCUAUCAUGUCGUCACUAAUCCAGAUAUCUACGAUAAGCUUAAGAAGGAACUCCGUGACGCAUUCCCGGACCCGAGUACCGACCUGGACUAUACCACUCUCGAAAAACUUCCCUAUCUUACUGGUGUUGUGAAAGAGGGUCAGAGGCUAUCGUACGGCGUCAUCAGCAGACUUGCCCGCGCAACUCCCGAGGGUGGCGCGACUUUCAAUGGGUACUUUGUUCCUGCCGGUACCACCGUCUCGAUGAGCUCUUGGAUGAUGCACCGCAACCAGGAUACCUUCCCAUCUCCAGACACAUUCGAUCCCACGAGAUGGAUGGAUCCGGACCGAGUAGUCGUGCGCGCGCGCGAGAAGCGUCUUGUCCCGUUCUCGCGCGGUUCCCGCACGUGCAUCGGCCAAAAUCUCGCCCUUUGCGAGCUUUACGUCACGCUGGGCACCUUGUUCCGCCGGUUCGAUAACUUGGCUGCGUUCGAUGUAGGACCGGAGGACAUGACGUAUGUGGAUUAUUUCACGGCGUUUCAUCCGAAGGGCUCGAGGGCGUUCAAGGUUGUUGCAAAAGGGGCCAAAUAAUUCGCCUGGCGUCAGAGACAUAGGCAUGUAAGCGAAUGGACCUACUCUGUCCCCAAUCUAUAAAAUAAAGAAUAAAUAAAAACAGCCGGCCGAAAUCUUCGAGUAGACCCAGCCUGAGAAUACUCAACUGCAAGGUCUACUCAAGGCCCUUGAGUAGACCCGGCAAAAGGGACCAAUUCUGAUCCCAAAUUAAAAUCUAUUAAGUCCACCCUCCGCCUCGCGACCAGACCCCCUCGCGACCACCCCCCACCUGCGCAUGAAGGCAUCAUCAACCUCGCCGUCA